ACCGAGCGCCCGCUGCUGUGGCCGGUACCACCGGAAGCUGCUGCUCAUGCUUGCGGCGGACAAGCUGCUGCUGCAGAGCGAGGUCAAGCAGCGCGCCAUCAACCUGCGGGAGCGGGAGCUCAAGCUGUUCAACUCGAACUUUUCGGCCGUCGGCUCGCAGUCGGCGAUCAUGGCGGGCUUCACGCUCACCUCCUUUGUGGAGAUUGACCUGCCGCCGGAGCGCGCCUUUGCCAAGGGCGUGCUCCACUUCUUCAUCACCGCCUCCGUCUGCGUCAACUUCAUCUGUGUCGCAAUGGUGAUGUUUGUGACGGUCUGGGGAUCGGGCAAGGCGCUGCGCGGGCUCGACGGCUCGAUGGACUACGCAGUCGACUCGAUGAACGACGAGCGAACCUUCAUCUUCACCUGCUUCGCGCUCGGUGUGCUCUCCACCCUCGGCUGCAUGUUUGCCGCCGCUUGGGUGCUGAUGGAGGAGAGCAUUGCAAUGUGCGCCUCGGUCUUUCUGCUCACGACGAUGUACAUGGUUGGCUCGGAGGCCCGCCGCAUCCGCAAUCGGUUUUAUGUCCCGCCCGGCGAGGAGGUUUCAUUCAACGAGUUCAAGCGGAUCGACCCCGCCGACGAGAUAGCGCGAAAGACGCUCCGGACAGGCUCGGCGAGCCCGUUCAAGGGGCUGCGUGACGAGUGACUGGCCGCCGAGCGGCCUCUACGUGGGAGCAGCACUCUGUCUCGACUACGGUAUUCAUGAUUCGUGUGACUGUGAGUGGCGACUGAUCUGUGCGGGAGAAGCGGGACUGCGCUGUGCGCACACGUGUGAUCAACGAGAGCUUCUUUUUGCGGGGGUUUAGCCCAGCGCUCUCUCCAGCUUGUUUGUUAUGUGUGCGCGAAUAACAAACAAAA